AUGGUGACCCUCUACCCGGGUUACUGCGAGAAGUUCGGCUGGAUGCUCGACGAGAGCGCGGUCGAGGCGAUGAAGUCGAAGAACGACGAGAAGGUCAAGGAACUGGACGCGAAGAUCAAAGACGCGGAGGAUAACCUCGGCGACAGCGAGGUCAGAGACGCGAUGCUCGCCAAGGCGGAGUUCUACGUGGAGGUGGGGGAUCGAACGAGCGCGCUCGCCGCGUUUGAAGCGUGCGAGAAGAAGACGGUGGCGAUCGGUCAAAGGAUGGAGAUGGUGUUUACCGUCAUGAGGGUGCACCUCUUCCACGGCGACUGGGUCAACUUGAAAGCGCAGAUCGCGAAGAUGAAAGAUCUGCUCGAGCAGCCCGGGGGCGCGGACUGGGAGCGAAAGAACAAGCUGAAGGUGUACGAAGGCGUUUUACUCAUGGCGAGCCGGGACUUCGCCGGCGCGACGAAGCUCUUCCUCGAGUCGUUGUCCACGUUUACGUCGCACGAGCUCAUGACGUACCCGGAGUUUAUUUUUUACACGUGCGUGUGCUCCGUCGUGGCGUUGAAACGCACGGAGCUCAAGGAGAAAGUCAUCGACUCCCCGGAGGUGCUCUCCGUCGUCGACCAGCUUCCCGGUGUGAGCGUGCUCGUGAACUCUUUGCAGGAUUGCAAGUACAGGGACUUCAUGCACGCGUUUCCGGUGGUCGCGGACCAGGUCAAAGCGAGCACGUGGUUGCACCAGCACCAUCGGUACUUCUUGCGCGAGACGCGGGUGAUGGCGUACGGGCAGUUCCUGCAGUCGUACAAGAGCGUCACGACCGCGUCCAUGGCGUCCGCGUUCUCGGUGAGCGAGGCCUUCCUCGACGAGGAGCUCUCGAACUUCAUCGUGGCGGGGCGACUCAACGCGAAGAUCGACAAGGUGAACGGCGUGAUCAUCACGAACCGCCCGGACGCGAAGAACGCGCUGUACCAAUCGUACAUCAAGGAGGGCGAUCACCUCCUGAACCGGAUCCAGAAGCUGUCCAGGGUGAUCGACUUGUGA